AUGAGCGGCCAGGAAUUAAAGUCAGAGACUAUUAGGAGUUGGUUACGCGAAUUAUGUGUUGCUGUACAUGAAGAUCAACUGAAUCGUCUACUGAAAUCUUGGAGCAGGUUUCAGCCUCGCUGCACUAACUCGUUGCCGCAUCCAUCCGCCUUGGCGGCUUCCGACCUCACACAUGUGUCUGUUCCCAGCCCAGCGAACAGAUACUACUUUGUACAGUCCCCUGAGAAAUGGAGGUUGUGUACAUCGUAUAUUAUACUGGUGUACACCCAUGGAUACACAUCGGCAGCUUGGCGGGUUGUAGGCGGGAUAUCAGCGUAUCCGAUAACUCCGCCUUUUGUAUACACAAUGAGCCCGCCUGAAAGGGUCGUAUACAUAGUUGGUGGACCCCAUCACUACAGUGUACCACGAUGUUCAUUCAUUUCGUCCGGCGCUAAAUUAAGCGAGGCUUGGCAUACAGAAUUCGAUCAACACCCCUUGCUUACCAAGCUCCAUACACCUUGCUUUAGUGUUCCAUUUGAGCUCCUUACAUUCAUCCAAUUGGGGCGCCAAGCUCUUGAUAUCUUCAAUUCGGUCUUGGAAGAGGCCCUGGGUUCAAUUCCCAGCGCGUCCAGCUCUUUUUGCCAUGGAGUUGUAUCAAAAGAUUUGGAACGCUACGUGAAAGUUGUAUUUUGCUCCGUAGCGGGAAUGAGCUGUCCCGAGGCUCACAACUUGGUCAUGCCACUACCUUUUACCUCGAUAACCGUCGUACUUGUGGAGCAGCCGUCCCCCUAUGAAUUCUUGGCCAACUGGUAUCACCAUGUCAACCAUCCGAACGAUUUUGAGCCAAACACGAAAGCCUUGUCGUGGAUGUAA